UUUUCACUUUACAUCUCACCAAAAAAUAAUAAUAUUCAUUUUUAAUAAUCUAAUAUCAACACCUGCAUGUCUGCAACUAAUAAUACUACCUCGUCUACCGCUGCCAGCAACGGCCCCUGGGAUGCCAAACUCCAGCAGUUUCACGGCGGCCAAGACUGGGCUAACCUGGACAACUUUGUCGAAGAUUUUAGCGUUACAACGAACGCCUUUGGCAUGCCGGACUCAGCCAAGCAUGUCGCUAUUCAGUCUGUCGAGCACAGCCACCACUACCCGCCCGCCGACCAGGAGCCGGCCAAGUCUUCUCUGGCGCGCUUUCUGUGGCCCGAAGAGUUUGAGACUGAGCGCGACCGCCUGAUUCUCGGCAAUGGUGCCAGCGAGCUUAUCGACUUGGUGAUCCGCAUGGCGCCCAGGGGGACGUGGAGACCUGGGCCAUUCCGCACGCAGUACAAGGAGUACGAGAGAUCGGCACGCAAUAACGAAUAUGAUCUCCUUUCGGCCGAGUCGCUUGAUAAGGCCAAUGUCGCCUGCCUGGUUAAUCCAUGCAAUCCGACUGGUGAUUACCUUGAUUUGCCUGAGUUGAAGAAGUGGGUUUCCGACAACGUGCUGCCCGGCGGAUACGUGCUCAUCGACGAGUCCAUGCAGCCGUGGCAUUCGCCCGAGUUCCGCCAGCACUCUCUGACCACCCAGCGCCAGUACGUCGAGGAUCUGUACAAGGAGCAGGGUAUCUCUGUAUUUGUCAUGCACUCAUGGACCAAGCUGUGGUGCUGCACAGGCCUGCGCCUGGGCUCAGUCGUGUGCCCUACCGCCGAGCACAUGCGCGCAAUUAAGAAGAUCCAGGUGCCGUGGUCCGUCAACACUGUUGCGCUGGCAUUUCUCAAUACCGUGGUCCAGGACGACAAGUACCUGGCAAAGACAUGGAAGAUGACGCCUGUUUGGCGCCAGCAGACUAUUGAUCGCAUUUCAAAGAUGUUCCCCGACUGGGAGUUCCAUGGAAGGGAGUUUCUUUCGUGGAUCUGGCUUGAUACCAAGUCCGAGGAUGUCGCGCAAAAGGCGAUUGAUUUGGCGCGCGCAGCCGGCGUCCCCGUAAGGAGCGGUCGGCCUGGGUACAACCUCCCUACAUUCAUCCGCCUGGCUGUCCGCGAGUCAGCCAAGGUCGAUGUGCUGCUCGGAGCAUGGAAGUCCAUCUAAAAAACAACACAUUGCAUUUUGAGACUAGUUUUGCUCUAAUACACACUUGCCACACUCAUUUUGUUACCAAAAGUUAAUUAAUACCAUUAUAAUGCCGCUUGAAUAAA